GAGUCGUGAAAGUCACUUCCUGCCACUCCUCUUGUGGGAAAGUUGCCUUUGAAUUUCCAACGCGCGAGCGGGUAGUACGCACCAGUGGCUGGGCUAGCUGGGCAUCGGGCUGAAGCCUCCGUCGCUAGGAAAAUUGGCUGGCAAAACAGCUGGGAGCACCAGAUCUUGGUGGUAUCGUUAUGAGACAACCAGUGAUCGCGAGAGAUUGACCAAUAGCUCCUGAGGCAGCCUCAUUUGGCUGGAGAGGGAAAAUGGCGACAAGGCACAGAGAGGCACCAGCGCUAGGCCUCAGCCUGGAAGCUACACGACAACAGGGCUUGAAGAGGCAGGAACUAGUCUCAACAGGCCCUGCACUAAAGAAGGGAACUGGCGAAGGCCAUCCCAUUGUCCAGGUUGGGGAUAUUGGGGAAUUCUGGGAUGGAAGUCCAGCGGAGGACGUUAAAGGGGAACCCAACGAGGGGCUGCUGCAGCGCUGGGAAACCCAGUGGCAGCACUUCCUGAAGACGUUGGAGACCCCUUACUCAGAAGAGAGCAAGGCAGAGCUGCCCACCCCAAGUGGUGACUCCCGGGCUGUCCUCUCUGCCUUCAAGGGGGCACCUGAUGCCAGUCAACAGCCUAGAGAGAAGAAGGUCCUCCAGCUCUUGCUUGACUUCACUAAGGAGGCCCAUCGGCCUGCUGACAUCACCUUGGCCAAGGACAAGGUAGACUGCAGGGAAGUGAAGGAGGAAGUCUCCAAUGAGGAAAAAUAUGAAGAAGUUAUCCUGGGUGAGGGCGCCGUCGGCUUGGAUGCAGAGCGCCAGUGCUUCAGGCGGUUCUGCUACCAGGAGGCCGAGGGGCCUGGGGAGGUCUGUAGGGUGCUCCGGAAGCUUUGUUGUCGGUGGCUGCAUCCAGAGAGACACACCAAGGAGCAGAUCCUGGAGCUGGUGAUCCUGGAGCAGUUCCUGACCGUCCUGCCCCAAGAAAUGCAGAGCUGGGUGCAGAAACACGAUCCGGAGACCUGUUCUCAGGCAGUGGCUUUGGCGGAGGAUUUUCUACUAAGGCAGGAACAAGAGGUGCCCGUGCAAUUCGAGGAGGAGGGGAAGGAGGCUGGUUUCUCCAGAGCAGAAUGGGCGCCAUCAGACUGUCCGGAAUGGCUGCUCUUCAGAGAGAUCAAGGAGGAGGAGGAGGAGGAGGAGGGCCAUGCUACCUCACUGGGUCAAGGCAAGAGUUUCGUCUCGUCUUCUCCAGGCUAAACAUACCCAGCCCCUUCAACCGUUCCUGACAGGUCUUGAUUUCCCGAUCCCUCCCCACCUUUGUUGACCUCCUCAGAACCUGUUCCAGUUGAUCAGGAUCCUUCCUAAACUGUAGUGUCCAGAACAGGGACGCAGUAUUCCAAGUGAGUUCUGACCAGCACCCAAUAGAAUCUCUGGGUUCAGAGGCAGUCUAGCUCUGAAUGCCAGGUGUUGGGGGACAAUCAAGCUUGUAGAGUUUCCUGGAAACAUCUGGUUGUCUGCGCUUGAAAACUAGACUGGACCUUUAAACUGAUCCAGCAGAACUGAUCUUGUGUUCUAAUAAAGCUUUCUUAUUAUUU